UUUGCGCCUUUGACACCAGAAGUAGUUGCAUAAUCACUUCCUGUGGUCUGGCUCCUCCUUUCCGUGUCAGCCAUUUCUGAAAAAGGACUUUGAAAGUUCACAGGAACAAGUCAAGAUGCAGAACGACGCUGGUGAAUUCGUGGAUUUGUAUGUCCCACGCAAGUGCUCCGCAAGCAACAGAAUCAUUGGAGCCAAGGAUCAUGCAUCCAUUCAGAUCAACAUUGCAGAGGUUGACAAGGCAACAGGCCGUUUCAAUGGCCAGUUCAAGACCUAUGCCAUCUGUGGAGCCAUCCGGAGAAUGGGCGAGGCUGAUGACUCUCUGCUGAGGCUGGCAAAGACCGACAGCAUUGUGUCAAAGAACUUCUAAAGAACGGAAGUGUGUUUUUUGCUUUCACUUUGAAUAAAAUGUCAGAAAAAUGG